AUGUUCCUCGACCCGUAUUUAAAGAGACAGGUAGUCCGGGCGUUCCAGCCGUCGUGGGCUUGCCGGCCGCCUGUGGUGGGGGUGACGCCUGGACGAGAGGCCUGCGGCCGAGUGCCACCACCGGAGAGGCCGGGGAAGGCAGAUCUGUCUUCAAAGGCAACAGGCACACCAAAGAAGAAAGCUGUGGUCCAGGCUAAGUUGACAAGCACUGGCCAAGUGGCAUCCCCAGUGAAAGGCGCUGCAGUUACCACCAGUACCAACCCCCGGAAAUUCUCUGGCUUCUCAGCUAAGCCCAACAACUCUGAGCAAGACCCCUCGAACCCUACUACUAAGACAAGCCUGUCUUCAAGCAGAUGUGACCCCAAGCACAAAGAUUGUCUGUUAAGGGAGUUUCGGAAGCUGUGUGCCAUGGUGGCUGACAAUCCUAGCUACAACACAAAGACCCAGAUCAUCCAGGACUUCUUACGGAAAGGCUCAGCAGGAGAUGGCUUCCACGGGGAUGUGUACCUAACAGUGAAGCUGUUGCUGCCUGGUGUCAUUAAGAGUGUUUACAACUUGAAUGAUAAGCAGAUUGUAAAGCUUUUCAGCCGCAUUUUUAACUGCAACCCAGAUGAUAUGGCACGGGACCUAGAACAGGGUGACGUGUCAGAGACGAUCAGAGUCUUCUUUGAGCAGAGCAAGUCUUUUCCCCCAGCUUCCAAGAGCCUUCUCACCAUCCAGGAAGUGGAUGAAUUCCUCCUGCUGCUCUCCAGGCUCACCAAGGAGGAUGAGCAGCAGCAGGCCCUGCAGGAUAUUGCCUCCAGGUGCACAGGUAAUGACCUCAAAUGCAUCAUCAGGCUGAUCAAACACGAUCUGAAGAUGAACUCGGGUGCAAAACAUGUGUUAGAUGCUCUGGAUCCCAAUGCCUAUGAAGCCUUCAAAGCCUCACGUAACCUGCAAGAUGUGGUGGAGCGGGUCCUGCUCAAUGAGCAGGAGGUGGAAAAGGAGCCAGGCCAGAGACGGGCCCUGAGUGUUCAGGCCUCACUAAUGACACCUGUGCAGCCCAUGCUGGCUGAGGCCUGCAAGUCCAUCGAGUAUGCAAUGAAGAAAUGUCCCAACGGCAUGUUCUCUGAGAUCAAGUAUGACGGGGAACGAGUCCAGGUCCAUAAGGAUGGAGACCACUUCAGCUACUUCAGCCGCAGUCUCAAACCUGUCCUGCCUCAUAAGGUUGCCCACUUCAAGGACUACAUCCCCUUGGCUUUUCCUGGGGGCCACAGCAUGAUCUUGGACUCAGAGGUGCUCCUGAUUGACAACCAAACAGGCAAACCACUACCCUUUGGGACUCUGGGAGUGCACAAGAAAGCUGCCUUCCAAGAUGCUAAUGUCUGCCUGUUUGUUUUUGACUGUAUCUAUUUUAAUGAUGUCAGCUUGAUGGACAGGCCUCUCUGUGAGCGGAGGAAGUUUCUUCAUGACAACAUGGUUGAAAUUCCUAACCGGAUCAUGUUCUCAGAAAUGAAGCGAGUCACAAAAGCCUCUGACUUGGCCGACAUGAUCAACCGGGUGAUUCGGGAAGGGCUGGAAGGGCUAGUGCUGAAGGAUGUGAAGGGCACAUAUGAACCUGGAAAGCGGCAUUGGCUAAAAGUGAAGAAAGACUAUUUGAAUGAGGGGGCGAUGGCCGACACAGCUGACCUAGUGGUUCUUGGGGCCUUCUAUGGGCAGGGGAGCAAAGGUGGCAUGAUGUCCAUCUUCCUCAUGGGAUGCUAUGACCCUAGCAGCCAGAAGUGGUGUACUGUCACUAAGUGUGCAGGAGGCCAUGAUGAUGCCACACUUGCCCGCCUGCAGAAGGAGCUAGACAUGGUGAAGAUCAGCAAGGAUCCGAGCAAAAUACCCAGCUGGCUGAAGAUCAACAAGAUCUACUAUCCUGACUUCAUUGUUCCAGACCCAAAGAAAGCUGCAGUGUGGGAGAUCACAGGGGCAGAAUUCUCCAAAGCCGAGGCUCACACAGCAGAUGGGAUCUCCAUCCGAUUCCCUCGCUGCACCCGGAUCCGGGAUGACAAGGACUGGAAGUCUGCCACUAACCUCCCCCAACUCAAGGAACUCUAUCAGCUGUCCAAGGAGAGGGCAGACUUCACUGUAGUGGCUGGAGAUGAGGGGAGCUCCACUACAGGAGGCAGCAGUGGCGAGAAUGAGGGCACCUCUGGGUCUGCUGCAUCCCGCACGACUCCCAAAGGCUCCCCCAAAAAGCCCUCUACCAGUGCCAGGAAGGCUGAAGGGAAACUGAAUAACCCCAGCAGCAAAAAUGGCAACAGGCCCGCUACAAAGCCUUCCCCUGUGAAAUUGGGAGCAAAUCCAUCCCUAAAGUUUUCUCCAGUGAAAGUAGGGGAGAAGAGGAAAGCUACUGAUGAGACCCCAUGCCAAACAAAGGUGAAGGUGCUACUGGACAUCUUCACUGGGGUGCGGCUCUAUUUGCCACCCUCCACACCAGACUUCAGUCGUCUCCGGCGCUACUUUGUGGCAUUCGACGGGGACCUGGUACAGGAAUUUGACAUAGCCUCCGCCACACAUGUGCUGGGUAGUGGGGACAAGAACUGCAAAGCCCAUGUGGUCUCCCCAGAGUGGAUUUGGGCAUGUAUCCGGAAACGGAGGCUGGUAGCUCCCUGCUAGGACUGUGCUCUUUCCUCUCCCUUAGGCCUUCCUCUUCCACUGGGCAGCCUAAGGCUCAGGCUGGAGGCAGGUAGAUGGGGAGCAGAGGGGGUGGGCUUUCUUCAGUGCAUCUUCCAAAGCCCUCCAGCAGCUCUUCAUGGUCUCUAGGACCAGGAAUUAGUUGUCGGGGGCACCACAAGUGAAGUCAGUUUCUCUUGCUGGUUGAAAUAGAUCUUUAAGAUCAGGGAGCUGGUUUUACCUGUCAUUUAAAAAGCUGAGUUUCCUGUUUUAUGGUUUGGGGAGUGAACUCAGGGGCUCAUGCAUGCCAGGCUGGUGCUCCACAUUUUUUAUCUCGCAAUACCUGUUCUUUCUCUGCCAGCUUCCCCUAGUUCUCCUUAGUGACUACAGGGUGAAGGCCGAGCAGUCUUCUCUUUCUUGUCUGCUCCUUUUCACUUCCAGAUGCAUUUUUAAAACUAUAUAAAUGACUGCCCUCACAAAUGAUUGUCUGACAAAACUUGUAUUCAGCCUGGCCCUUUUGUCAAAUGAACCCUCAUCUGAAAAAACAAAAUGAACUUUGAAGACUUUUUUCUCCAUGCUGUACAGUACAGGAGAGGAUCCCAGCCUAAAAGGGGGAACUGGCCUGGGGUCAGAAAUGCAGUCUGUGUAGAGACAAUGGUGGACACAAGAUUGGCCCUGCCUUGAGUGCAAUUCACACCUGAGGAUGCUGCUCACCAAGACAACUACAGUAGUGAUGGCUGAUACAUUUGAAGAAUGAAAAGAAGACAACUUGUGUAAACAAGCACUAUGCACAGAUGUUUUUGCAGUAAUGUCCUUAAGUCUGCACUGUUCAGCAAAGAGCCACCAAUGGCUGCCAAAUGAUGGCUAUACAACUAGCACACCUGAGGAGCUGGAGUUCGAUAUGAACCCAGCUUCAAGUAGUCACUGGUCAACAAUGGGCACUGCAUGUAGUCUGGCCAUUUCAAGUCAGAGGUGUGAAAUGUAAGCUGUAACCUUAGGCACAUUGCCUACCAUCAGAACAUCACAUCUUGCAUCUUACUGCAGCAUGGCAGGAAUAGGCAUUGCUCCUAAACCACAUUGUGGCUGUCUGUGACCUCAGAUAGGUAAAGCAACUGGCACAACCUGACAGUUUAUCUAGAGUUGCGGAAAUCUGUAUGCUAAGAUUACAGCCUCAACCUGCACCUGUACCUGUUGUACACUUACUAGGCCAGGAAUGACUUCAAGGUCCAGGUGGUGCUGACUCUUGAGGAUCAGUGUUUUUGCUUAGCACCAAAAAUCUGUAGGCUUAUUUGUCUAGUCCCUAGAGAGACUUGGCCUCUUCAACACUGGAGUAGGCCUGUAAGAUAUAUGGAGCCACACUCAGCUAAGACAGUACUCUGCUAAGGAAGCUGCUUGCUGGCUAAGGAAGCUACUUGCCAGUCAGUUUGGAGGCCAACUUGGA